AGGCUCAGGAUUCCUUCCACUCCUUUUCCAGGAAAGUGGGAACUCGGAGGUGAUCCUGAUGAUCCUGGAUCUGGGCAGCCUGGACUCCGUGCGAGCUUUUGCGCAGACCUUCUUAGAAUCGGAGCCCCGUCUGGACAUCCUCAUCAACAACGCAGGAGAGUUCCAGGCUCGUCAAACCGCUGAUGGCUUUGACGAGGGCUUCCAGGUCAACCACUUGGCCCACUUCCUGCUGACCCACCUGCUCCUGGACCGGCUGAAGCGCUGCGCCCCGAGCAGGAUCGUAAUUCUGGCCUCAAGUUCGCAUUUCUUUGGGAAAAUUGACUUUCGGACCAUCCACAAGCCGGGAAAGGGAAUGUGGAAGGCUCUGCAUUCAUACGGCAACAGCAAACUAGCCAACAUUCUCCAUGCAAGAGAGUUGGCGAAACGGCUGGAAGGAACCAACGUCACCUGCUAUGCAGUUAACCCAGGACCUGUUAGAACCAAACUUGGUCAUUCUUAUUCACGGUGGCUACACUGGUUCCUUUGUUUCGCCAAGUUGUUCCAGCAAGAUUGCCAGGCAGGCGCCCAGACCUCCAUCUACUGCGCCACCGAGGAGGGCAUUGAGAAGCUGAGCGGGCGGUAUUUCGAGGACUGCCAGCACUUGGAGCCCUGGUCACAGGCCUGCGAUGGCCACAUAGCCACGAAGCUCUAUGAAUUCAGCGAGAGGCUGCUGGGACUGACCACUUAAGAUAGGACGGGGCAGAGAAAGCAUUUGGGGUAACCAAAAGCUGUCAUCCAAUUAACCUGGGGGA